AGGAUGAUGGCUGCAUAUCAAUCAGUGCGCAAUGGGUACGUGGAUAUGGACUCGACGCUUUCCUGGCCUACAGGCGGUGGGUCAAACGGCUGGGCAUGCUGUUCUGGCGAGUUUUGCUCGACCCGCAAUCCAUCGCAUACCAUCUCCAAGCUUAUUGACGAUACCUCAACUUUCCGUUCAUGAAUAUCAUCGCCGCAGCCGCAUCAUGGAGAGCAACUGCUCAGUACACUCUGCGCUCGAGCAACGGAGCAAAUAGCAGCGAAGCUUGGCCGGGACUGUGAACUGCGAGGACGUGUGACGAAUGCAUAUGGCGUCCAUGUCCGGUGAAGGCCGGUGGGCCCCGCGCAUUAGGGUAUCUGCGAAUUGGGGAUGAAGGAAGCAAGAUGCACCGCUGGGCUACGAUGUUCUCCGGGAUUGCUUCUAUGACUGCGAACGGACGUUCACGAUGCGAAGCAGUCGCAAGCUCGUCCAAUAAGUGGCUACCAAGCAGCGAUCAGUCGUAGGGUGCCGGCAUCUCAUGGACCCAUCCAUGUCCUAUCGGAUCCUGUGCGCACAGACGCCACCGCUUGGGG